AUGGGAAAGUUCUUAUGCCACCGGGUGGGAGCCCUCCCCGAGUCCGCUUUUAUGAGAAUAUACUGCCAAGUUCCGAUCGAAGAAACCGAGUUCCUAAGCCCCGAAGCUCGGGCUAAGCAAGCAGUUCCUCCUUACCAGCACGAGGAGGCUAUGGCAUUAAAAAGGUUCAAGGAAGGUGGCUGCACAGUCGUGCCCGAGCUUCUUGGGUAUAGCGAAACUGUUCAAAGCAAGGAUGGACUCGUGCCUGGAGGGUAUAUCAUAUACCUUGUAUGGGAUAAAGUCCCAGGCGUGUCGUUGUCAGGGGGACUUUUCUGGUCAUUCGAAAGCCCUAAGCGAGAGCUCAUUCGUCGAAAGUUUCGAGCUGCUUAUGAGAUUUUGAGAUCUUUCGGCUAUCUGUCAAUGAUAAAAACCCCAGCUAAGCUUAUUUGGGACAAGGAAUCUGCCCAGCUACAUAUCUCUGGAUUCUCGACGGCAAUCAAUGUCGACCCUGACAAGGAAUGGAAUGAUGACGUUUACGCAAUGUACCAACUUGUCAAGCUACCCAAUAUCGGUUGGGAGGAUACCACUCGAUGGAAGUGGUGA